AUAUUUGCAGGGUGGCGCAUCACAUCUGGAGGAGGCAGCAUCAGUUGAUCUCAGCAUCACUUACCUUCUCGUAUAUAGUAGUUUAUCUAUGGGAAAUUCUACCUGACAUUGUUUCUAAUGUGCAAUUCUCAGUUCCGCUCCGGAUUUUAACGUCUCUUGAUAACAGCGGAAGAAUUGUUGCGCCCACAUGGGCAGCGUUCUGGCUUUGUCUUCUGGUCCGGGCCAUCAGAACUGGCCUUUCUCCACGGACCCACCUCCUUCUCGCUGGGACGCACAUCCUGCUCACUGGGACAGUCCGCCACGCUGGGAGAGGAGAGAUGGCCGCCUACCCAACCCAGGCAGCUUUCACUCUCUCCACAGGAGCUGCAAAGAUGUGUUUCCUCAACAGAUUGAGGGAGUAAAGAUGAUCCUCAAUAAAACUCUGAGCAGCUUCUUCAAGGUCAGUCAUACUCUCCACCUCAGUGCUGUUAGUCCUUCAUACUAUCGAUUCCAUGUGGAGCAUCUGCAGUCGGAUGAUUUCAACAAGGACAAGGACGCUCCAGCAUUAAUCGGUGAGAUGGACUCUUCAGGCAGUCUGAACGCUCACGCUCUGCUGCAUCUCACUGAGCGCGUACGAGCCAGAACAGUGUUCCAGACCCAGCAGUCCCAGUUUGUAACGUGGCAGUUUGAAACUGAGUACAGAGGGAACGACUUCACUGCUGCUGUGACAGUAGCCAAUCCAGACGUCCUCAGAGAAUCAGUUAUCCUCGUGGCACACUUCCUGCAGAGUGUGUCUUCUGGGCUGGUUUUAGGAGGGGAGCUGGUCUACCAUCGGGGCCGAGCAGAGGAAGGAGGAAUUCUUACUCUGGCUGGACAGUACUCGAGACCUAACUGGGUGGCAACGCUGAAUGCUGGGAAAGGAGGUGCCCAUGCUAGCUACUAUCACAGAGCCAAUAAACAGAUCCAAGUCGGUGUGGAGUUUGAAGCCAGUACCAGGACGCAGGAGACCACAACCUCAUUUGGGUACCAGAUGGAACUCCCAGAAGCCAACAUGGUCUUUCGAGGUAUGAUAAACAGUCGGUGCAUAAUAGGAGGCGUGUUGGAGAAGCGUCUGACCCCGCUCCCUGCCACCCUGAUUAUGGGUGCCUUUGUAAAUCACAGAGGGGACAAGCUGCAAGUGGGCCUAGGCAUCAACGUAGGAUAACCCUCCCCUAACCCCUGCCGGAGUUCCAGCUUGCUGUCAGGACAUCCAUCCAGAGACCUGUUUCAGAGGCUUCAUAAUGACCCCAUCUUCCAAGGUAAAACCACCUGAGUAUCGUGGAUUGUUUGGGCAUUGAAGCUCAAAACUCUGGGCUUGAAACCUACCUCUCAAAAUGGAGGUGAUGUGUUCUGAUUGGAUUUAACAGGAAAAAAUGGUUGAACAUUUCAAGAUGCUCAACAACUGUGACUGGAGAUGUGUUGCUUUCCCCCUGAAACCAAACUGCACAUCACCUUCUUGACAACGGAAACAGAAAGGAUGAGAGGCAUACUGUACUGUAAACGGAAUAUAACUUAAGGUUUUAUACUGUAGGUAGUCAUAAAGAAAUGUAAUGUAUAUAGAUUAUAUGGAAAGAUAAUUGUGUUUUUCAUGUUUUAGCCCAUUAACUAUAAACCUUGUAUACCUGACCUUUCUGCUGACCAUUUUCUAAAGAAAGAAAUCAAUUUGUAGAAACAAGAAACCUAUUUAGGAUAGGUAAUACAAAUGAUCAAAUUCACCUUAUUCUUUUUUCAAUCUCUAUAUUGGCUUACUGUUUUUUUUUUUAUUAUCCCUAAUGCCUAGAGGAUCAAUCUAAAAACAAAGUGGUCGGCAGAAAAUUAAUAUGGGUAAAAUCGUGCUAAAACGCCAGUGUGAUCCUUAAAACUGUGUGUAUGAGUAAGUGAUUGUGUGCACAUCUUUUUUUUGCCAGCAUAUAAAACUGUGAGAUACCACACAUGAACCAACAGCCUGCUGAGUGUAAGAGAAAAGGUGCUGCUCCAUACAUACUAACCUCCAGUGAAGGGAUGUGAGAGUGGCUAUGCACUGACUCUGCUGAGCCAGGACUGUACUGUAUGUAUACAGAUAAAGGCAUGUGGAAACACUGACCUGUAUGCAACCUGCACUACUCACGCUGCUUCAGGGCAUUUCCAGUCCUGUUUAAGUUGCAUAUGUAUUAUUUAUACAUUUAGGGAGCGACUGUCUUUUUGGACUUAAUUUAUUAAAGAUGUUAUUUCUA